CUCGCUUCUGCUGCCUCUGGCGGUAAAAAGUGGAAGUUGCGUUUUCUGCAGUUUAAAAUGGCAGAAGGGGAGCUGAAUGUGGACAGCCUGAUUUCCCGGCUACUUGAAGUGCGGGGGUGUCGUCCUGGGAAGAUCGUCCAGAUGACGGAGGCAGAGGUGCGGGGGCUCUGCAUCAAAUCCAGAGAGAUCUUUCUGAGCCAGCCCAUCCUACUAGAGCUGGAGGCGCCACUCAAGAUCUGCGGGGAUAUCCACGGCCAGUACACAGAUCUGCUGCGUCUCUUUGAGUACGGCAGCUUCCCCCCUGAGGCAAACUAUCUGUUCCUUGGAGACUACGUGGACCGAGGCAAGCAGUCCCUGGAGACCAUCUGUCUGCUGCUAGCCUACAAGAUCAAAUACCCAGAAAACUUCUUCCUGCUGCGAGGGAACCACGAGUGCGCUUCCAUCAACCGCAUCUAUGGCUUCUACGACGAGUGCAAGCGCAGGUUCAAUAUCAAGCUCUGGAAGACAUUCACAGACUGUUUCAACUGCCUGCCAAUUGCAGCCAUCAUCGAUGAGAAGAUCUUCUGCUGUCACGGAGGCCUGUCCCCUGACCUGCAGUCGAUGGAGCAGAUCAGACGCAUCAUGAGACCUACUGACGUACCUGACACAGGGCUGCUGUGUGACCUGCUGUGGUCGGACCCUGACAAGGAUGUGCAGGGCUGGGGGGAGAAUGACCGCGGUGUCUCCUUCACCUUUGGGGCUGACGUGGUCAGCAAGUUCCUGAACCGCCACGACCUAGACCUGAUCUGCAGAGCACAUCAGGUGGUGGAGGACGGCUACGAGUUUUUUGCGAAGCGUCAGCUGGUGACGCUCUUCUCAGCACCCAACUACUGCGGAGAGUUCGACAAUGCAGGGGGCAUGAUGAGUGUCGACGAGUCCCUCAUGUGCUCCUUCCAGAUCCUGAAGCCAUCUGAGAAGAAGGCCAAGUACCAGUACGGGGGUGUGAACUCGGGGCGCCCUGUCACCCCCCCUCGCACUGCCAACGCACCCAAGAAAAGGUGAGCGCUGGAGCUGCCAGGAGGCCUGUCUGCCCGCUGAGCUACAGCCUAAUAAAGAAGAACCCCUUCGUCAAUAAAUAACAUGUUUUUUUAAUCUGUGUGUUCACAUUGCCUGGGGAUCCAAUCCAAACCAACAAACCCUUUGUUUGUGCCUCAGUGCAGUUGGUGGUCCUGGUGUCACACAGACAAACAGACAAGUCAGACAGAUUUGUCUAAAGCAUAUCCUUCAAGUUCCCCUUUUCCCACACCUGAUUCUAUUGUUCUGUUUCAUUAGGUUGGGUACAUUCUCUAUACCAUCACCUAGCAUUCCAGGUUGACAUACCCAGUGGGUAGACAUGAUCAAUGCAGUUGUGUAAAUCUGCAGUUUCUGCUAGCUAUACUGUGAAGAGAUGUCCAUCUUAACACACUUAACGGUUUGGUUUAUUUAAAAAAUGUCUUGUAUUAUUGUUAUUUAUUAUUAUUAUUAUUAUUAUUAUUAUUAUUAUUAUUAUUAUUAUUAUUUAAUUGUAUUAUUAUUUAAUUGUAUUUUAAUGUUUCAGAGUUGAAGUCUUGAUUUUUUGGGGCUAAAGAAACUUGAGUAAUACUGGGGUUGGGGUUGCUUUUACCACUUCACCACUGUUGAAUUUCACCCAUUCAGUCAUUGAUUUGAGUGCAGAGUUUGUUUUUAAUUAUCUGUGAGUUGGGUUUUUCCUGCAUCUCGCAGUGACAGGGCUCCAAGACCACAGGCUUUCUACAGGUAGAAGGGGUGCUUUUCAGCAGAAAGAUCAAAUCAACAGAUUGUUACUGUUUGAGUGGGAGAGUGGAGUGAUUUGUGUGCCAUUGCAAGUGACAGUAUGUGGAGGGGUGUUAAUGUUGGCCUAAAACAAAAGUUUGCUAGUUUAUGUCUUUUAGAAGAAAACAGAACUGCAAAAGUGUUUUUAGUGAGUGGUGUCUGAAACAAAUACAACAUGAAAAGGUCAAAGUGGUGCUUAAGAAUCUAAAGUUUACAAACUAGAGCAGGCCAUUCAGCCCAUUGGUGCUUGUCCACUUCCACUUUUAUCACGUUGGGUCUUAAAGAAUCUCAAGUGUUUCUGCAUCUACACCAUGGCCUAGGUAAUCUAUUUCAACCUUAUUAAUUCACUAAUGGGCAGUCAGAACUGCUCCAAUGGUCUCCAUUGCUAAAGACACAAGGUGAAAAACUAGCAUGGCUAAAUUUUUGCUUUAGGUCAAUUAACUGGGUGAUAAAAAAAUCAGGUAGUUUAGAAAAAAAAAAAAAAAAAAAGCCUACUUGGAGCCCUGCUUGUGAGAACCAUACUUCUCAUUUAUGAAUAUACACUGCCACCUGGUGGUGACUCUUGGAAUUGAAAUAAAAUAUUAUUCAGA